AUUCCUCAAUGUCAUCAUUGUUAUCAUGUUCCGAUAGUUCACAUAUAUUUACAGCUGCUUGCGGACGUGCGUGUGUCUUGUAGUGUAAAAAAAAAACUUGGGCAUAAGGUUGUUUUUGAGGAUAACAGGCAGGCUAACUAGCCGCUAGGCGCUAAUGUGUCCUCAGCUCAUGUAUGUUACGGAUGGACUAAUAGUGAUAACUAGCCUCAUACUAGCCGGCUAGUUAGCUUCAUGACAUGCUUUUGUUAAGCAAACAACAGUCCGUCUAAAUGCCGUCCAGUCUACUGACUAAAGAUGACAGUUCUGCUUAUUUACACAGAGGGUUGGGGAGAUGUUGAAUCACUUAUCUGUGAUGUGUUCACUCUGAUUUUGUAAUUGCCUCUGUGUAGUUAAUGUUACUCCAAACGGAGUUAAUAUUUGAUGGCAGUGACACCGGACAAUUUCUGUUGAUCGUUAUUUCGACGCCAGCGCAGCAAACUGGAGUCGGACCAUUUUCCACACACAUCACUGAGUGUCAACACAUCCUCCACCGUGUCCCCUAUCUUGGGACAUGAGGGAUCCUUCAACUCAGGAUUUAUCCAUGUCUUUAAAUCAGCAGGAUGAUACCUCAGUGAAACCAGCGAUUGACUCUGAGCUGUUUUUCUAGCUGUAGUAUCCCACUGUGGUGCUACAGAAUUUGCCCUUUCCUAUCUGUGUACUGUACACCUGUUGAGUUAAGAUGCCUUGGCCAUUUUCGGAGUCCAUCAAGAAGCGUGCCUGCAGGUACCUUCUGCAUCGGUACCUUGGGAACUUCCUGGAGGAAAAGCUGAGCUUGGAUCAACUCAGCUUAGACCUCUAUCAAGGCACUGGGUCACUUACCCAAGUGCCAUUAGACAAAUGGUCUCUUAAUGAGUUACUGGAGACAGCAGACGCUCCAUUUGAAGUCACUGCAGGAUUCAUACAGACCAUCUCUCUGACAGUUCCAUGGGCAUCACUGCUACAGGAAAACUGUGCUCUAGAAGUCAAGGGGUUAGAGAUGGUUCUCAGGCCACGACCAAGAAUGGCCUCUGGUGUCGAGCCCAUGUACUGGUCCAGUUUCAUGACAAGUAGCCUGCAGCUCGCCAAAGAAUGCCUCAGCCAGAAACUCACAGAUGACAUGGGGGAGAGUUUUCAGCCCUUUGAGGGAUUGGAGAAGUUUGCAGAAACAAUAGAGACAGUUCUGAGAAGAGUCAAAGUGACUUUUUUGGACACCGUUCUUAGAAUUGAACACAUUCCGGAAAACUCAAAAACUGGAAUUGCACUUGAAGUACGGAUCAACAACAUUGUUUACUGUGAUGAAACCGGGGAAGAAGGUUCCAGCGUGAAUGUGCAUCAACCAACUACAUUUGCACAUAAAAACCUUCAGAUGGAAGGUGUCACGAUAUUAUGGGAUGAAUUUUCCGAUUCAUCCCGGUCAGGUGGUAAAUCAUCUUCCACACCAACAGAAACUGAGCCCAAACUGUCCCCGAGCUGGAAUCCCAAAAUUAUAUGUGAGCCCCACCCUCAGUUCACAGAGACUUUUUCUGCAGCAGCACCAUUUGAGCCUGUGCAGAUUGGAAGCCUUGGUGGUAAAAUCGAGUUGUCCCUGACUUUUAAAAACAACCCUUCUAUGCCUGGACCAAAGCUUGAUGUUGUUGGACAUGCGGACACAUUGGUUUUUCUGCUGUCUCCACAUCAAGUUCAUCACCUGCUGGAUUUGUUUGGGGCUUUCUCUGGAGGAAGUACACAGGACUGGGCCAAGGACCGGAAGAGUCGACCCAUACAGCAGGAAGAUGAAUACCGACUUCACAUGGAGCUGAACCGUUGUCUGAAGAAGGACACCGCUGGGCCUGGAACAGACCCUGACCUCUUUGACAGUGAGACUACCAGAACUGUGUCAAGUCGAGAUGAUGUGUUCUUCUCCAUGGCUGACAUGGACAUGUCUCAUAGUUUGUCAUCACUGCCUCCUUUGGGGGAACCACCAACUGUUGACUUGGAUUUGUCACUUAACAGCAACUACUCUGCCUCCCCAGGAGACUCUCCCUCUGGAAAUGCAACACAGGCGCUGUGGGACGAGUACAUGGAUGUACCACGACAAAGGGAGAGACAAUUGAAUGAAACACUUGUCCAGACACGGGGUUCACAGUACACUCAUAAACUUCUGAGGCAGACCUCACAUCCUUCUAAAACCCAUGGCAGUGAGUCCAGACCAGAGCUGGUGUUGAAGCUGACGCUGGACAGCCUGGCUGUCUCUGUCCUCCACAUCGACCCACUGCCAGCACCAGAUGCUGCUCCCAGUCCUCUUCAUCCUAUCGCCGCACACUUCUUCAGCAUUGUUGGCCCAGGCCAGCUUUCCUCAACUGCUUUCCUUCAGUCUCGGGCAGUGUUCAAUCAAGCUUGUCCUCAUGACCACCUCAGAUUUGUGGGCCAGGGUGUGAAGGUGACCUAUGAACACUGUCAGGGCUCCAGUUUGCGAACUUUCAGCACUGACGUGACUCUAAACCAGCUGGAAUUCCUAGAAUGUCUCUUUCCAUCUGAGGCUGUCGUUGGUGGAUCCCAGCGUGGUAUUCAGUACACUGAGCUGCUGACAUUUGACACCACGACCAGCGCUGAUGCGCCACUCACCACCUGCCUCCACCUGCUGUACAAGCAGGCUGAGCGCCGUGGCCCACAGGGGGGCCAGGUUCGCUUUAGCACAAUCCCCAGAAAAGCCGACAUCCUGGUGGAACUGGGUCCUGUGAGAUCUGAGCUGGACAUCAGCAUCGUGGACAGACUCAACUCACUGCUGCAACCUCAGAAGCUGUCGACCACAGAGAUGAUGGCCUCCCAUAUGUACACAUCCUAUAAUAAACACGUCAGCUUGCAUAAAGCCUUCACAGAGGUUUUCCUGGAUGAUAGCCACACUCCCACCAACUGUCACGUAUCACUGACUGUCAGCGCACCACUGCUGGGCCUGGCAGUCCGGUUCCCCAUCCCUGACCUCCGCUCCGAUCAGGAGAGAGGCCCUUGGUUCAAGAAGUCCCUGCAGAAGGAAGUGCUUUAUCUGGAGUUUGAAGAUCUGGAAAUGAAAUCAGAGUUCGUGGGUGGUGGAUCUGUACAGACCAAGAUGGAACUGGUUUUCAGAGACCUCACUGGGAAGUUCCAGGAGGAGCUGGAUGAAGCAGCAACCCGAUUCCUCACGGUGUCCCACACCAUGGACGGAGACAUGGCCACAUCUGAAAGUGUCAAAUUUGACUGGCCCAGAAUUGUGCUCAAGAUGAACCCCACCGCGGUCCACUCCAUCCUGGAGCGUGUGACGGCAGAAGAUGACGAGGGUGCCGAGGAUCAUUCUCUGGAGGAGGAAGAGGAGGAAGGAGCUGCUCAUUCGCUGAAGGACGUGUGCGACUUUGGCAAACCAGAGCCGUCGCCUUUUUCUUCACGCAGGGUCAUGUAUGAAAAUGAAGAGAUGAUAAUUCCUGGUGAUGUUGCAGAAAUGACAGAGUUCCAGGAAAAAACCAUGAACAACUCACGGUUCAUCCUUGAGUUGUGUUUCCCUAACGUGCAGUUGGUUCUACCCAACAAGGCGUUUUAUGAGAAACUAUACAACAGGAUCAAUAAUGACCUGCUGCUGUGGGAGCCCACUGCUCCUUCUCCUGUGGAGACGGUUGACAGUAUGCCAUACGGAGUUGGCCUCUCAGUUGCCAGCCAGUUAAUCAACACUUAUUCCAAGGACAGCUUCAGCCAGUUCCGCUCUGUUGGAACUGAGGAAGACACCAGUGGCUCGGAAGAGGAGAACCUGCACUAUUACUCUUCUGCCUGUGACCCGGGGAUGAGGUCUCGCAAGAAGAGGAAGCACAAAUCUCACAGCAAGACGUCCCAGAGUCUUUUCUCUGUCAUCCUCACUGUCAAUCAUGGCUUGGUAGCUCUUCAAACUAAUGCUAAGAAAGAGGACAAAAGUGUAAUUAGAAACAAACACGGCGAGUUCUGGCUGGAGGUGAAGAAUGCUGUGCUGUUUUGUGUAACACAGUACGAAGGCUACAAAGACCAGCACUACAUUUGCUUUCACACUGGUAGUGUCUGCCUGUACCACCAAGGUCUGUUGGAUGGCGGUCCUUCGGUCUUGGAUAUAAAGUUGCCAUGCAGGACACAUCCACAUUGGUUGGAGCCGACCAUCUACCAAUCAGAAACAUCUUCUGAGAGAUCAUCGACGCCCUCGGAGAGUAUCGGUCUGGAGGCCCGCAGCAUGGUGUCUGUCGCUGUCAAAGUCUUAUCGCAGAAUGCGGAGCGCAUUGUUAAGGAAUAUCUGGUUGCAAUUGGAGUGAGAGGAGCCACGCUUCAGCACAGAGUCGUUCCUCCCAGUCUGGGUUGGUACGACCAGAUAGUCGACUUCCUGAACGUUUGUGACGAGCCUGUGUUGGGUUACGCCCCUCCCACAUCUGUCACCACUCUACAUCUACACCUGUGGAGCUGCUCUCUAGACUACAGGCCCCUCUACCUGCCAAUCAGAUCACUGCUGGCCGUGGAGACGUUCAGCAUCUCCAGCAGCCUCUCUUUAGAUCAUUCUUGUUCGACACUCAGGAUUAUUUUAGACGAAGCUGCUCUGUUCCUCUCUGACAAGAAUAAUGCCCUGUCUGUAAAUUUAGCCCGAGACUACGUCCAAGUGGUGGACAUGGGAACACUGGAGCUGAGGAUUACGGCCGUCAAACCAGGAUCAGAUGGAAAACUGUUGGAGCCCAGAUUUGAGCUGCGAUGUUCCAGUGAUGUCAUUCACAUCCGUACCUGUUCUGACUCCUGCGCCGCCCUCAUGAAUCUUAUCCAGUACGUAGCCAGCUACGGUGACCUGCUGCCCCCAGCAGAACCAGAGGCAAAGCACAGCAGCACUUCACAAAAAUCCAAGGCGGAGUUUCCGAGUAGAACCGCAUCUCAGACUCCUCUGCUCGCUGAAACUGAGCAGCAAAUUUUGCAGGACCUGAUGAGCGAGGCCAUGGAGGAGAACGACGGGCAGCACACACUGGGCUCCCAGCAGAACGGUACACACGAGGUUAAGAAACAUGACCGUGAAGCACCACACUCUGACCUGUUCCUGUUCCCAGAUGAGAGUGGGAAUAUAAUUCAGAGUCCCACUUACCCCAUUCUCCACUCUCCUCUCAUCACUCCUGUUCCAAACCUGACCCAGGAGACUGAUGACUUUUGUAUCCUGGAAACACCUGGAUCUGGGGGACAGGAUCAUGAUCAGGAACCAGUGGUCAAACUGCUGUCGUCAGGGCCAGUAGAAAUCAAAGAAGACUACUUCAGUCAGCCCCUGGGUGGGAGUGAUUCUUCCAGGGGAGCAGUGAACUUUCCCAUACCAGAGGUCCGCUACCUCAUCAAGGAGAUCUCCGUCAUCUGGCACCUCUACGGUGGGAAAGACUUUGGUGCUACAGCCUUCACGGUUUCUCCUGCCAAAAGCAGAGGGUCCACACCACACAGUUCGCCUUCUCAAACUCCUGUCAGGCGGUCCAGCAGCGCUUCUGGACGGGCAGGAGGGGGAAGAGGACGAAACCCUGACGUCCUGAUGGAGAUCCAGCUCAGCAAGGUGAGGUUUCAACAUGAGGUGUACCCACAGACCCAGGGCUCUUCAGGGUCAACGGUGGACCAUGCUGUCUCGCGGCAGGUGUUCAUUGUGCAGGAUUUGGAGAUUAGAGACCGACUGGCUACAUCACAGAUGAACAAGUUCCUUUAUUUGUACUCUAGCAAAGAGAUGCCUCGCAAAGCCCAUUCCAACAUGUUGACAGUGAAGGCCCUGCACAUGUGUCCAGAGUCCGGUCAGGCUCCUCAGGAGUGUUGUCUCCGUGUCUCCCUCAUGCCUCUCCGUCUGAAUAUUGACCAGGAUGCGCUGUUCUUCCUAAAAGACUUCUUCACCAGUCUUGCGACAGAAGUUGAGUUUUUCUCACCAACUGCCCAAGAAGCUUUCUGUGUGUCUACAAAAAAAUCUGCUGGUCCCGAGAUCUCCUGCAACUUCUCCAAACACGCCGGCAGCAGCCAGGAUCCUGCACCAAUCAUCUCUGUUCCUGCUCGUAGACGUCUGAGUCAUAAUGGCUUUGUUUCAUCGGGGAGAGAGGAAGUGACCGACGGAGAAAGCUCGGCUCAAUCUUUCAGAGAUCAGCCGAUCUUCUUCAGGGAGUUUCGAUUUACAUCAGAAGUUCCUAUUCGCUUAGACUACCAUGGGAAACACGUAUCCAUGGAGCAGGGAACGUUUGCAGGAAUCAUUAUUGGACUGACGCAGUUAAACUGCUCCGAGCUGAAGCUGAGACGGUUGUGCUACAGACAGGGGUUACUGGGUGUUGAUAAGCUCUUCUCCUAUGCAAUAAAUGAAUGGAUUAAUGACAUAAAGAAGAACCAGCUCCCAGGUCUGCUGAGUGGUGUGGGACCCAUUCACUCUGUGGUGCAGUUGGUCCAGGGAUUCAGAGACCUGGUGUGGCUCCCCAUUGAACAGUACAGGAAAGAUGGUCGGAUAGUUCGAGGAUUUCAACGUGGCACCGCUUCCUUCGGCACUUCUACUGCUAUGGCCGCCCUGGAGCUGACCAACAGGAUGGUCCGGACCAUACAGGCAGCAGCAGAGACGGCCUACGACAUGGUGUCACCAGUGCCCGAUGAACGAGAAACCAAGAAGAUAAGACGAUAUUCUCCUUAUGGACUCUCUCACCAGCCUGUGGACCUGAGGGAGGGCGUGGCCAAAGCCUAUACUGUGGUCAAAGAGGGGAUCACAGACACUGCACUGACCAUCUAUGACACGGCCACACGGGAGCACGAGCAGCGUGGGAUGACGGGGGCCGUGGGUGGAGUCCUGCGCCAGCUGCCGCCAGCUGUUAUCAAGCCCCUGAUCAUGGCCACUGAGGCCACCUCAAAUGUUCUGGACGGGAUGAGAAACCAGAUUCACCCUGACGCACGGCAGGAGGAGACGCAGAAGUGGAGGCAGGGCGAGGAGUAAAUUUUGCCGCCGUGAACUGGAAACAACGAUUGCACAAAACUCAAGAGCUGAUGGAAACAAUUAGGACCUGUGUGUAAAUAAAAUGCUCAUCAUCUCAUCGCAAUUUGAACUCCUGUCGUUCCGCUUCUGUCGGCUCACCAGUCCUGUCAUAGUGCCUUCAUGGCUGUCAGCGCAUCAGUCCGGCUGUGAGUCGAUUCAAAGCUGUUGUUUAAAAAUGAAGAGCUAGUGGGUCACAUGGACUGUCUGAGAACUACCGUGUGCUGUGAGGUCACACUCCUGCAUCAUGAGGCACAAAAAUGUUGUUCUUCAAACUGUUUUGUUUACAUGUUGAUUUUUACAUAAUUUACCUGUUAAUGAAAGGUACUAACACAUAUGUUUAUUGACUCUUAAUUAGUCAAUUAAGGGUGUUAAUUUAUUUGGAGUAGACUUUAUGUGGGCUUUAUUAUUUACUGUAAAUGAUCCUCUGGUGUAACAUUUCAUAAAACUGUAAGAACAAAGACUUGAUGACCGAAUGUCACAGAUGUGUAAAGUUUUGUUUCCCCUGAGGUUGUGAGGAGAUUAACUAGAUUUUAAGUUAAUUUAAACUGUGUUCACAGAACCUGUGAUUAUAGCAUUUUAAAAACAGUUUCAAUGGUUUGUGCUGCUUUAACUUUACUAGACUAGAACAAAUGUUGAGGGAAACUGUCAUGUCAUAUUUUAAGGCAGAAUUCUCAUAUCCUGCUUCAAAUUCUCUAUGUGUGUCCGAAAUACUGUCGUGGUUCAAUAUUGCCGAUAUUUCAUUUGCUUGUUUUUCUGUGUUUUUGUGGAAGGAAUAUGUCGUUGUACAUAUGUGUACAGUUUUGAAUUUGUAUUAAAAGCAUGAAAGGGAAUUAAAAGCUGUUGCUCAUGCCGUGGCCAGGGGUCUGUUUGCUGUCAGAUUUGUCUUAGAUCUAAAUGCAUUUUGUUGCCUAUUGUUUGAGAAUGUCAAUCAUGUUGUUAAAAUGCUGUUUGUUAAGGAGAGGAAAUGUUACGACUUCUGAGAAAGAGAAAGGAAUUGUGACUUAAAUUCAAAACGAUUGUGUUUUGUCUUAGAUCUGGUUUUAUCAAAUUAAACUCAGAUAUAUUAAUCG